GAACGGAAAGCAAGCCAGAAUGGACAUUUACGACACUCAAACCCUGGGCGUUGUGGUCUUUGGUGGAUUCAUGGUGGUGUCCGCCAUUGGCAUUUUCCUGGUGUCGACCUUCUCCAUGAAGGAGACGUCCUAUGAAGAAGCUCUAGCCAACCAGCGCAAGGAGAUGGCAAAAACUUAUCAUCAGAAAGUAGAAAAGAAAAAGAAGGAGAAAACGGUGGAGAAGAAAGGAAAGACCAAGAAAAAAGAUGAGAAACCCAACGGGAAGAUCCCUGACCACGAGCCAGCCCCUCAAAUGACCGUCCUCCUCAAAGACCCAGGGCGGCCACCUGCAGUGGCUGUGGCUCCAACUUCAGUCCAUCCCCCUGUGGUCAUUUUCCCUAUAGCCACGGUGCCAGCCAUGCCCCAAGAGAAGCUGGCCUCUUCCCCUAAGGACAAAAAGAAGAAAGAGAAAAAAGUAGCAAAAGUGGAACCAGCAGUCAGUUCUGUGGUGAAUUCUGUCCAGGUUCUUGCCUCAAAGGCUGCCAUCUUGGAAACCGCUCCAAAGGAGGGCAAAAAUGCAGAUAUGCUUCAGAGCCAGGAGGCACCAAAGCAAGAGGCUCCUGCAAAGAAGAAGUCUGGUUCAAAGAAGAAAGGCGAGCCUGGGCCCCUGGACACCGACAGUCCUCUCUACCUCCCCUACAAAACGCUGGUCUCCACAGUCGGAAGCAUGGUCUUCAGCGAGGGUGAGGCCCAGCGGCUGAUUGAGAUCCUGUCUGAGAAAGCUGGCAUCAUUCAGGACACCUGGCAUAAGGCCACGCAGAAGGGUGACCCUGUGGCGAUUCUGAAACGCCAGCUGGAAGAGAAGGAAAAGCUGCUGGCCACAGAGCAGGAAGAUGCGGCUGCUGCCAAGAGCAAACUGAGGGAACUUAAUAAGGAGUUCACAGCAGAAAAGGCCAAGGCAGCAGCCGGGGAGGCCAAGGUGAAAAAGCAGCUGGUGGCCAAGGAGCAGGAGAUCACAGCCAUGCAGGCCCGAAUGCAGGCUAGCUACCAGGGGCACGUGAAGGAGGUGCAACAGCUGCAGGGCAAGAUCCGGACUCUUCAGGAGCAGCUGGAGAAUGGCCCCAACACACAGCUGGCCCGCCUACAGCAGGAGAACUCUAUCCUGAGGGAUGCCUUGAACCAAGCCACGAGCCAGGUGGAGAGCAAGCAGAAUGCAGAGUUGGCCAAGCUCCGGCAGGAGCUCAGCAAGGUCAGCAAGGAGCUGGCAGAGAAGUCGGAGGCAGCACGACAAGAGGACCAGCAGCGGAAGGUUCUGGAGUCCAAAGCAGCUGCAUUAGAGAAGCAGAUCCUGCAGUUGCAAGCGUCUCACAAGGAGAGUGAGGAGGCCCUGCAGAAACGCCUGGAUGAGGUCAGCCGGGAGCUCUGCCGCGCUCAGACCAGCCACGCCAGCCUUCGGGCAGACGCCGAGAAGGCUCAGGAGCAGCAGCAGCAGCUGGCCGAGCUGCACAGCAAAUUACAGUCGUCCGAGGCGGAGGUGAAGAGCAAGUGCAAGGAGCUGAGUGGUCUACACGGGCAGCUCAAGGAGUCCAGGGCGGAAAAUUCCCAGCUCACAGAGAGAAUCCGGUCCAUCGAAGCCCUGUUGGAGGCAGGGCAGGCCCGGGACGCCCAGGAUGCCCAGGCCAGCCAAGUGGAGGCCAACCAGCAGCAGGCACGCCUUGAGGAAUUGGAGUCCCAGGUGCGGUGUCUGGAAAAGGAGGCCGCCGAGCUCCAGGAGGCUGUUGAGCAGCAGAAAGGGAGGAACAAUGAUCUCCGAGAAAAGAACUGGAAGGCAAUGGAGGCACUGGCCUCAGCCGAGAGAGCCUCCGAGGAGAAGCUGCGCUCCCUGACCCAGGCCAAGGAGGAAUCCGAGAAGCAGCUCAGCCUGAUGGAGGCACAGACCAAGGAGGCUCUGCUGGCUCUGUUCCCAGCACUUCCCAAUUCAGCCCACCAGAAUUACACUGAGUGGCUCCAAGAACUCAAAGAGAAAGGCCCGGAACUGCUGAAGCAGCUGCCAGUGAACACAGAGACACCCUUGGACCUGGCCUCCAAGCUGAGGGAGGCCGAGGAGACCCAGAGCAGCCUGCAGGCCGAGUGUGACCAGUAUCGCACCAUUCUGGCAGAGACAGAGGGCAUGCUCAGGCACCUGCAGAAGAGCGUGGAGGAGGAGGAGCAGGUGUGGAAGGCCAAGGUCGGCGCCGCAGAGGACGAGCUCCAGAAGUCACGGGUCACAGUGAGACAUCUCGAAGAGAUUAUAGAGAAGCUAAAAGGAGAACUUGAAAGUUCAGAUCAGGUGAGGGAGCACACCUCGCUUCUGGAGGCAGAGCUGGAGAAGCACAUGGCAGCCGCUAGUGCCGAUUGCCAGAGCUACGCCAAGGAGGUGGCGGGGCUGAGGCAACUUUUAUUAGAAUCUCAAUCUCAGCUGGAUUCAGCCAAGAGCGAAGCCCAGAAACAGAGCAAUGAGCUUGCCCUGGUCAGGCAGCAGUUGAGUGAGAUGAAGAGCCACGUAGAGGAUGGUGACGUAGCUGGGUCUCCGGCUGCUCCCCCAGCAGAGCAGGACCCUGUCGAGCUGAAAACGCAGUUGGAGCGGACAGAAGCCAUCCUGGAGGAUGAACAGACGCAGCGGCAGAAGCUCACGGCUGAAUUUGAGGAGGCUCAGAACGCGGCAUGUCGGCUGCAGGAGGAAUUGGAGAAGCUCCGUGCCAGCCCCCUCGAGUCUACAGAAGCAGAGGCAGUCACACAGCUGAAGGAGAGACUAGAAAAAGAGAAGAAGUUAACGAGUGACCUGGGCCGUGCUGCCACCAAAUUACAGGAGCUUCUGAAGACGACCCAGGAGCAGCUGGCGAAAGAGAAAGACACAGUGAAGAAGUUACAGGAGCAGCUGGAGAAAACAGAUGGUAGCAGCUCAAAGGAGGGCACCUCUGUCUGAGUCUCCUCUGUGGAAAAAGAAGUUACUGUUCAACUUACCAAAAUGCCUUACACAUUCCUCACAAAUACACAAACCAACAGCGUUAUCCAGGCCUAACUCCGGUGGCUCUGAGAAGCCAUUAGAGACCAGAGUCUCUUAGAACCACAGAAGUAGAUCUUCCAGACCCCCGUUUGUAAAAGAACUUGUCACAUUCGAUAAACACUAUUCCCCAGGACCAGCCCUGGAUCACCGCAGAGCAGACACCAAAGCCCUUACCAGUUGUGACAGACCCUGGGGCUGUGCUGGGGAGGCCGGGACCUCUGGCUGUCUGUAUGUCGAGAUCAGUGCAAUUGUCUCUCAGUGGGUCGGGAGGCGGGCGGACCAGGUGGUGAGUCUCAAAGGCUGUGGCACAGACUGGAGGGGCCCAGCCCAGCAAGGCAGCAGCCCCUUGCCCCUGGAAGAAGUUGCCAACCAGAACUGAUGUGUGACCUCCUGGAUGUUAAUGCCAUUAAAAUCAACAUUGUCGCCCGGCA